GGGAGAGGCAGCAGCUGCUGCUGCCAGGGCUGCGCUCGGGGCGGCUGCUGUGGGUGAGCGUCUGAGGGGGGCGACGGGACAGGGGCUGGGGACACGCCCGGGCCCCGCUCAGCCUCUACUGCUCCCGAGAGUCCUGCUCACGGCGCCCGACAUGGACGAAGAAGGCGGCGGCGGCGGCGUACCGGAUGAUCUCUCCAUAGAAGAGAGAGAAGAACUUUUAAACAUUCGUCGCAGGAAAAAAGAACUAAUUGAUGAUAUUGAGAGGUUAAAAUUUGAAAUAGCAGAGGUUAUGACAGAAAUUGAUAAUUUGACUAGUGUAGAAGAAAGCAAAACUACACAGAGAAAUAAGCAAAUAGCUAUGGGAAGGAAGAAAUUCAACAUGGACCCUAAGAAGGGGAUCCAGUUUCUUAUAGAAAAUGACCUGCUGCAGAACACUCCAGAAGACAUUGCACAGUUCCUCUAUAAAGGGGAAGGACUAAAUAAAACUGUAAUUGGAGAUUACCUUGGUGAGAGAGAUGAAUUUAAUAUUAAAGUUCUUCAGGCUUUUGUUGAACUCCAUGAGUUUGCUGAUCUCAAUCUUGUACAAGCCUUAAGGCAAUUCCUAUGGAGUUUCAGACUUCCAGGAGAGGCUCAGAAAAUUGAUCGUAUGAUGGAAGCUUUUGCUUCGCGCUAUUGCCUUUGUAACCCUGGAGUCUUUCAGUCUACAGAUACAUGCUAUGUGCUAUCAUUUGCAAUCAUUAUGUUAAAUACUAGUCUACACAACCAUAAUGUAAGAGAUAAACCAACAGUGGAGCGGUUUAUAUCUAUGAAUCGUGGCAUUAAUGAAGGUGGGGACCUUCCAGAAGAACUGCUACGGAAUUUGUAUGAAAGUAUUAAAAAUGAGCCAUUUAAAAUUCCAGAAGAUGACGGGAAUGAUCUAACACAUACAUUUUUUAAUCCAGACAGAGAAGGUUGGCUACUGAAAUUAGGGGGAAGAGUAAAAACAUGGAAGCGGAGAUGGUUUAUUCUGACCGAUAAUUGCCUGUAUUAUUUUGAAUACACAACAGACAAAGAACCUAGAGGAAUUAUUCCUUUAGAAAAUCUUAGUAUAAGAGAAGUUGAAGAUCCAAGAAAACCAAACUGCUUUGAGCUCUAUAACCCCAGCCAUAAAGGUCAAGUAAUUAAAGCCUGUAAAACUGAAGCUGAUGGUAGAGUGGUAGAAGGCAACCAUGUUGUGUACAGGAUAUCUGCCCCCACCCCCGAAGAGAAGGAAGAGUGGAUCAAAUCUAUUAAAGCAAGUAUCAGCAGGGAUCCCUUUUAUGAUAUGCUGGCAACAAGAAAGAGAAGAAUUGCUAAUAAAAAAUAGCACUUAACAUGGGCCACUUAUGGACCUGCACUAGUUAAUAUAUAAAUGGAUCAGUCAAGUGAUAAGGUAAAGUAAAAAUGAAGCAAGCUGAAUGAAAACCAUUAUUAGAAAUAUAUACAUUUUCUUACAUUAUAUCCCUUUGUAAGAUUAUCCAAGAUUAUUAUUAUUUUGCAUACAGUACUGGAGCAAAAUUCUCAAGGGACAAUUGCAAGGAAUGAUUGUAAUGGAAUUUCAUUUACACUAACUGAAAACAUAGAAGCCUUAUGUGCAUUUUUAUUUGUUGCAAUUUCACCCUUCUGGGGAGAAAAUAUUUCAGGAUAAUAUGAUAUUCUUCUGCCUGUUCCUUGAGCAUAUUGCUCAUGACAGGAGAUGUUGUUGUAAGGACUUUGACAAACUAACACCUCACUGUAAUACAGCACUCAGAACUGGUGUACAGGGCUACUCAGCACUUUUUUUUCUUUAUACAAAAAAACCUUGAUACUAGUUUUGAAAACAUAUCCUUAGCAAUGCAGCGGCAUUCUAACCUUCCUUUGUAGAAAAUGAAUGACUAAUGUGAUGAGCUUUUAGAAUUUCUCCCUAAAUGGUGAAUAAUAGUAGCUUUAAAAUAUACCUUUUAAUAUUAGACUGUUAUCUAUACAGUUAACUCCUUGGCCCAAGCAGUAGGAUGUGCACUGAAAAUAUUGCAGCUACAAAGGCAAGGGUUCAUGGGCUGAAGAUGUGACUUUGAGGACAGAUAGUUUUUCUUAAGCAGGCUAAACUUGUUGCUAAAGGAUUUGCAUUAUUACUGAGAAUCUCUGAUUUGUGUAUGGGUAAAAUGCUCCACAGUUAAACUGUGUUUUCUUUAAAGAAGAGGCAGUGUUAAGUUCUUAUUUGUGGAUGUAGCCCCGUGAAAGUCAAUAGGAUUACUUGUGUGAGUAAAGAGAGCAGAAUUUGGUCCUUUACUUGGUUAACAAAAACCUGGAAUAAAGCAAACUGAAUGUCUGUUUUAUUUUAAA